CCCCCGGCACGGCCCGGCCCGGCCGGCACUCGGCGCCCGCCAUGGCGGGGCCGAGGAAGGGGCCGGGCGGUGCGGAGGAGCCGCCGCCGCUGCUGGUGAAAAUCGUGAUGGCCGGAGAGUCCUGCGUGGGGAAGACCUCCAUCGUGCGGCGGUACACGGAGCCCGAUUCGCCGCCCGCCGGCACUCCCGCCACCUCCUACUUGGCCACGAUCGGCAUUGAUUUUAAAGUAAAGCUAGUAAUGUUUAAUGACACAAGAGUGAAACUUCAAAUAUGGGAUACUGCUGGCCAGGAACGAUUCCAUACACUUAGUACUAGCUAUUUCCGUGGUGCACAAGGCUUUGUUCUUGUAUAUGAUAUCACAAAUCUGAAGAGUUUUCAGAGUAUAACAAUGUGGAUGCAAGACAUAUAUGAGAAAGCAGGUGAUGAAGUGGACGUAAUACUGUUGGGCAACAAGUGUGAUAAGGAGUCAGAACGUGUAGUUCCAAAACAGAAAGGAGAAAAGAUUGCUUGGGAAUAUGGAAUACCAUUUUUUGAAACCAGUGCUAAAGAUAAUGUGAACAUUGAGCAUGCAUUCUCACUCUUGACUAAGGAAAUACUGGAAAAGAAAUCCUGUGUAUUAUAUGACUUAGAUGUUGUGACUCUAAAUGAAAGUAAGAAGAGAACCUGCUGUGCAUUCUGAAAUAUUGUUUCGUGUUCCAUUUUCUCUUCAGAAAAUAUUAAGUGUUGCAAAAGCACAAACAAGAUUUUAAAAGCGAGCCUGUAAUCCCAAAACACAGGUUUCAGGCAUCCUUUGUAUUACACAGACUUUGUUGCCAAAUGUUUUUAUAUGUUUAUAUUAUAUUUUCAUAUUUUUAAUGUGAAGAUAAAACAGUUAUCUGAUAUUGGAAUGCAUCACAGGAUGACUGUGUUUGCAUACAAAUGUUUGCAGAAAUGUAAUGUAAGUGUACAAAUUUUCUCUUAUUAAAAAAAAAAAUUACCUUGA